UUAAAAUACAUAAUCAUGCCCUUUAUAUUUGAUUAUAUUUUAUUUAAGUUCACUAAAGGGGAAAUCUCAGCUGUAGGAGAACCCUGCUCUGUUGCUGCCCCCUGUUGGCUCCUGUGUCGUGGCGUCCUCCGGGGCAGCAGGGGGCGCUGCUGCUCAAGGGUCGCCCCGCUGAGGAGACGUCAUAGUCAGCUUUCCGGUAGGAGAGAGAGGCUUGAAGUCCGGGAGGAAGAAGAGGAAAAUCUGCCCAAAAUGGGUUUCGUCAAAGUGGUGAAGAACAAGGCCUACUUCAAGAGAUAUGAGGUGAAGUUCAGGAGAAGAAGAGAGGGGAAAACUGACUUCUACGCCCGCAAGCGCCUUGUCGUGCAGGACAAGAACAAGUACAACACCCCCAAGUACCGAAUGAUUGUCCGGUUCUCCAACAGAGACGUCUGCUGCCAGAUUGCCUAUGCAAAGAUUGAAGGCGACCAGAUCGUGUGUGCUGCUUACUCACACGAGCUCCCCAAAUAUGGCAUCACCGUAGGCCUUACUAACUAUGCUGCGGCCUACUGCACCGGGCUCCUGCUGGCUCGCCGGCUGCUGCACAAGUUUGGCAUGGACCAGGUGUACGAGGGCCAAGUGGAGGUGACAGGAGACGAGUUCAACGUAGAGAGCGUCGACGGACAGCCGAGCGCCUUCACGUGUUACCUCGACGCAGGCCUGGCCAGGACCACCACAGGGAACAAGGUGUUCGGAGCGCUGAAGGGAGCAGUCGACGGAGGUCUGGCCAUCCCUCACAGUCUAAAACGCUUCCCUGGUUACGACACAGAGAGUAAAGAGUUCAACGCGGAAGUGCACCGGAAACACAUCAUGGGCAUGAACGUGGCCGACUACAUGUCUUACCUGAUGGAGGAGGACGAGGACGCCUACAAGAAACAGUUUUCACGCUUCAUCAAGAAUGGAGUCACGCCAGACACAGUAGAAGAAAUGUACAAAAAAGCACACGCCACCAUCAGAGCAAACCCCGUACACGAAAAGAAACCCAAAAAAGACGUCAAGAAGAAGAGGUGGAAUCGCGCCAAGUUAUCUUUGGCACAGAGGAAGGACCGUGUCGCCCAGAAAAAGGCCAGCUUCUUACGAGCACAAGAACAAGAAGCAGGCGACGGUUAGGGACUCGGCACAGCGCUGUGCCGCGAAAACACAACACACAUCACAGACAAAUAAAUUUAUUUCAAACUCAA